AUCAAGACCUAAAAUGUAAAAUAGCAAGAUGCUUUCUAAUUUUCUUCUCCGUAUAGAAGCUUAAUAAGUUUUGAUAUCUUAUUUGUACCACAUUAAAAUCGAAUCAUUGUGAAGAUCGGUGAUGGCGGAUGCCAAGAAGAUGAGGAACGAAGCGAGUACCAGUGGUACCGCCGACGGCGGCGGCGGUGAUGAAGGGAGACUUGAAAGCGAGGUGGUGGACGUGGGCCGCCGGAAAAGUACCUGUGGAUACUGUAAAUCUGGUGGGCGGACUAGUAUUUCUCAUGGGCUGUGGGCUCAUAGUUUAAGAGUUGAUGACUAUCAAGCUCUCCUUGACAGAGGCUGGAGAAGAUCUGGCUGUUUCUUGUACAAGCCAGAUAUGGAGAAGACAUGCUGCCCCUCAUAUACUAUUCGUCUGAAAGCUAGUGACUUUGUUCCUUCUAAAGAACAAAUUCGAGUUUCUAAAAGGAUGAAAAGGUUUCUAAAUGGCCAACUAGAUGCGAAAGAAACAGACAAGAUUAUGGAUGAGCCGCAUACUUCUAGAGAACACACCAGCAUCGAGAAAACAGAUGAGAUUAUGCAUUUCUUGUCCCACAACCUUGAUGCCACAGUACAACAAUACAUAAAAGGUGGAAAAUUUUCCUCUGACAUACAGUUGCCAAAGGCUUCCAUCAAAAGAGUCUCUCCAGCUAAAAGAAAGUUGGGAGCAGAAAAGUCUGAGGAACUUUUAUUCUCCUGCAAUAUUGCUUUCCAGAUUGCAGCUGCUCUAAAACGGUUAAAAAGAGAUGCUGACCACAUGAAUGAAUCAUCGCAACAUGUUCUUGAAGGAACUGAGGACCUUUCUCCUAAAGCAAUUGCAGAAAUUUUGACGAAACAUUCCAAACAGCUGAUAGAAUCACAUGGUUUGUUAGUCAGAGCCUGCAUCGGACACAUAAAUUUCUAUUCUGCUUUAAAACAAACAGCUGUAGUUGAAUCUGGAAUUGAGAUAAAAUCAAUUAUUUCUAGCACAAGAACUGGUGGUAAUGACGAAAGUUUUAAAAAAUGUUCUGAAAGACUUCAAAGCCUGUGUCGGAGGUUCGAGGUUCGUUUGAAAAGAUCCAGCUUUGAUGAUGAAGAAUAUUCUUUAUACAGAAAGUAUCAGAUUAAGGUGCAUAACGAUGCACCUGAUCACGUCACCGAAAGCUCGUACAAAAGAUUCUUGGUCGACACUCCUUUAAUUCAUGUUCCGGCAAAUGGUGAUCAAACAACCCCUCCAUGUGGCUUUGGAUCUUUCCAUCAACAGUAUGUGGUGGAUGGUAAUCUAAUUGCGGUUGGUGUUAUUGAUAUACUUCCAAAGUGUCUGUCGAGCAAAUAUUUAUUCUGGGACCCUGACUUCGCCUUCUUGUCACUUGGAAAAUUUUCGGCUCUGGAGGAAAUUAGGUGGGUUAGUGAGAACCAGUUACACUGUCCAAGUCUUGAGUUUUAUUAUCUGGGAUAUUACAUUCACUCGUGCAGCAAGAUGAGAUACAAAGCUGCAUAUCGGCCUUCUGAGCUCCUGUGCCCUCUCCGGUUCCAGUGGGUACCAUAUAAUAUUGCAAAACCACUUCUAGACAGAAGGAAAUAUGUGGUUUUCUCUGAUUAUGCAACUGAACGAAAUGGAGAGUGUUUGCCCCCAGAUAUUGGUGUUAGUGAAAUGGAUGAGCAACAUAGUAAUUGUGCUGAAGAGAUCCCAAAUGAUGUAACUGUGAAUGACAAGGAGAUGGAACUCGAUUCUGAUUGUUCUGUGGAUGAAUCAGAAUCAGAAUCAGAAUCAGAAGCUAAUGUGUCUUUGGAAGAUGGCAGUGUUGAUAAUAUUUUGAUUGGAGUGAGAGGAGCUCGUCUGAGAUACAAGGACAUACGUCAUGCAUUUGAUCCCAAUCAGAGGAACUUAAUUGAAAACCAGUUACAAAGAUAUGUUCGAGUUGUGGGCGCUGAGCUCUCGGAGCAAAUGGUUUACUCUCUUGGAUGAUUUACUUUAGUUGUUGUCAUCUUCAACAAAACCUCUCCUAAUAUUAGGUUUGGUCUCUCUUCAAAAACCUCCUAAUGAUCCAAUCCCUUUAUAAGUGGCCACAUUGCACUUCUUGUCUUCGUCUGGCACAAUUUUGGCUAUUUAGGUUCAUAUGCUCUUUAACUCCCACUUCUCUUCAACCAUCACACCACCUUUCCUCCAUAACCACUUCACCAAGAAAAAUUAGUAUAGGUUAGAUAUUUGUUUAAAUACCAGGAAUAGUUUCCGAUUUUGGAAAUGAAGGUGAUUGUAAUGUAUCAAAAUUCCAAUUAAUACAACUUUCAUAUAUUUCUAAAGGUUUGUAAUUCCAAUUUUCUUUAAAUCUUUGUAGUAG